AUGUCUCAGAGCAAACCACUGGCUUAUCAGUCUUCCAAAGCAGUCCUAGAGUAUAUCAGUUUUGGGAAGAGAAAACAUCUCUAUGCCAUUUGCCCUGCAAUCAGAAAAAUGGAAGAAAUUUUGCCUUAUCAUCUCGAAAUAGUCAGACUGGAAACCAUGUCGCAAGAAAAUAUCAUGAUGAUGAUCGAUUCUUUUUCAUUGAGUUUUUUCGAAAUUUAUGAAAGUAAGAUGAGUAUGAGAUACAAUUCUACGAGGGCGAAAUGUGUUUCUUGGCUUACCAACUUGGGACCGGAGCAAGCAGUGGAGAAGUUUGUAUUGUAUCACUUCAGCAGAGAGGGGACACGCAUCAAAGAAUUUUUGAUUAGUAAAGCACCAGAGUUCAUUUCGAAAUGCGCUCCAAUUGCUAUCAAAGAAUUGUAUGUUGACAGAACCCCUGCAUGGUUCCCAACAAAUAUUCCAAUUGAAUAUGUGGCUGUAGAUACUACAGUUCGAGAAGACACUCUCAAAAUGGCGAAACACGUAACAGUUGAGAUUCCGAGUUAUGCCAAUAAAAGAAUCAACACAGAAAUAGUGUCAGAAUGGAAUUGUGAAUCCAUCAUAAUUGAGUCAUCGAUGUCCAGUGAAGAGAUUGCUGACUACUGUAACAAGGUAUCAAAAAGAACCGAUAGACCGAUUGGAAGCAGGUUGGAUGCAAAUCACAGUUCACCAGUGGAACCCCUGUUUGAUCUUCUUCAUUCAAAAAUGAACGCCAGAAAGGCAAUGUUGAAUGAUAGAAAAUGUGCAACAAUUUCAAUCGACGAGUCGACAGAGUUGAACGUAUACGGUGAUGGCAUGUUUAAUCCCUAUGUGAUUGUGGAAGUGUGUGCGAGAGGGACAGCAAUCGAUGUUUGA